CUGCAUAACCCGCCCGAGUUGCACCCAGCGAUCUGGGCUCUUUCCCAAAUUGAAAUUGAUUAAUUGACUCGUAACAAUGGUUCAAGACCGAAGGUCGGACGGGCAACGCAACUGGAGUAAUUGAAUUUGAGGAUUUCCUGGGAGAAAAAGGAAAAUGGGUUUGAGGUUUUUGAGAUGAAGCACUCUUCAGAGGAGACUCAACCCAAAACAUUGAACAGCACAGCGAGAGCAAGAGAGAUGGAGAGUCCUCCAGAGAAUGAUUGCUGCUCCAUCUGUCACGACGACUUCAACCUACCUUGCCAAGCCAAUUGUUCUCACUGGUUUUGCGGCAAUUGCAUUCUACGUGUUUGGCAACAUGGAUCAGCUCUUCAGCCAUGCAAAUGUCCUAUAUGUCGCCGUUUGAUAACUUUGUUGAUACCCUGUGAGACAACAUCACGAGAUCGUCAUGAACCAGAAGUUUCUAGGGUUCUGACAAGUAUUGAAAGGUACAAUCGACUAUUUGGUGGGGGCACACAAGGUCUCAUUCAGAGGCUACGGGAUCUCCCGUUUUUCAUGCGGAGGCUCUUACGAGAACUGAUGGAUCCUCAAAGAUCUCUUCCUCUUGUUUUUAGGGCACGCAUGUUUUUUGCAUUGCUUCUAAGUGUUAUCUACAUCUUGAGUCCCAUAGACAUCAUUCCAGAAGGGAUCCUGGGAUUCAUAGGUCUCUUGGAUGAUCUCCUUAUAGCACUUAUCUUUUUCCUUCAUGUAGCAGCCAUUUAUCGCUCAGCACUUCUUUUCCGACAUGGAGGUAGUUAGUUGAAUUGGCUUUUAUCUGUAACAUGUCCAAACUACAAUGAUCUUGAAAUACAAAUUCUUCUCUUCAUGGAACUGGAAGUGUAAAUAUAAUACUGCUACUUUUUUUUACAUAAUUUCAUUAUCUGUUUCGACAAA